AUGAAAUGUCAUAUAGUUGGACAAAGACUCUAUUUACAAUAGUAUUGUUUUGAUAGAGACUAGGAGAUUAAGCAAAAGAUUGAUGAUUAUGGGUAAGAAGACUUAGCUAAAACACUUACAUAAUAGGUUGUGACUAAUAUGAUCAACGGGUGGUUGAAGGAUUAUCAAGUAUUCAAACCCAGUGAUCUAUUUCUUGAAUAUCCUGAUUCAUUCAAGGAUUUAGAAUGCAUCACCAUUAAACCAAUCCAAGUUUUAUUGGAAGCCCUUGAGUUCUUUGGAUUACCCAAAGGAUACAUGAAUGGAGAAGGCCAUUGGAAAGAUUGGGCCAAGAAGAAGGAAGAAGAGUAAAAGGCUCUCUCUCUCAAAAGACCAAAAAGAUAACAGAAGAAGACUAAUAAAAAAGCAAAGAAGGAGGAUAAGGAUGAAGACAUUUUCAAACCACCUGCCUUAUUUUGA